CCAUCUUCCUCUUAACUUUAAAUUCACUUUUCUCUUUAAAAUUCCAAAAUCCCAACGCCGCCUCUCCCGGUGUCUCCUCCGUAUCCCUCGUUUGUCCUCCGUCACCUCCGCCGCUUCCUCUUUCACUUUACCUACGUGUCUCAAUCUCAGUCCUCUGUCCAUUUUCCGUGCUCGUGAAUCUAGGCUCAUCGCUUUUUCUCUUAUCCCGAGGCCAAAAUUCCAGAUCUGCUUCCUCCACUCCAAUCCACUCUCUUCUAAAUUCUCGCUUUCCUUUCAAUUCCUUAGAUCCUUUUCUUCGUUCAUCUUGAUUUUGUAGAAGAUUUUUUAAAAGUUAUGGCCAAGGUAGCAUCAUUUUGCUGUGCUGUUCUUUCGGUUCUGCUUUUAAUGCAAGUCUCUGUUUCCGCGGAUUCUCCGGCGGAAUCUCCCGCUCCGCCGCCGCAAACUGGUGUUGAUUCCCCUCCGCCGCGUGCUCCUUCUAGCAUAUCCAGCCCACCAGACGCAUCGCCUCGGAAUGCACCGGUGAGUUCUCCUCCAUCGCCUCCACCAUCAGAUCUUGCUCCCGAUUCAUCUCCGACUUCACCGCCUCCUCCUCCUUCCUCUUCUCCGGCUCCAUCUCCACCUCCAUCCGAAGCUAGCGACGUUAGCCGGAACAAUGUGAUUAGCGAAAAUGAAUCAGAUGAAGAAUCAAAAGACGGAAUGAGUGGAGCUAAGAAAUUCGGAAUCGCAAUCGGAGUAAUCGCAGCGGUUGCUUUGAUUGGAUUUGGAGGGAUGGUGUACAAGAAGCGGCAAGACAAUAUUCGCCGAUCUCACUAUGGAUAUACAGCGAGGAGAGAGAUCCUGUGAAGAUCGCCAUAGCUACGGUACUGAAGGACAUUCAACGUCUAUCUUAAUUGCCUGUCGUGCCAUAAUCGUGUUGCAUCAUCUUGUUAGUAAUCACAGUCCGCUCACAUAGCAUGUGGAGAUAGGCAAGAAGAGCAAAUGUUUAUUUAAAACAAAUUAUAUAUAUUUUUUCUUUUGUGGAAACCUUCUUGUACUUAUCCAAAAUGUAAUCUUGUUAAGUAUCAAUAAAGUGCCUGUUAUCUCAAAA